CAUUUAGCUCUGUCACCCAAUUCUCACUGAACAUUUCGCGAGACCCCUUUGAAUCGAAUCUCUAGGGUUUAUAUCUCACCGGACAAGAGAUUUCUCUAUCUGAAACUGUUUAUUCCCGUCGAUUUGUUUUUGUUCCGGUUUGUGAAGUUAACUUGCCGCAGGCAUGGCGAGUAACCCGCCUCCAUCUGGUUCACAGCCACAUUGGUCACAUCCUGCGUCUGGAUCCAUGGCUCCUCAGAAUUUUGCUCCUCCAUAUCCUAUGCAAUUCCGUCCUGCCGCACAGGCGCCACAAGGCCAACAUUUUAUGCCGCAACAAACUACAUCACAGUUCCAUCCAUCAGGACAACCACAAAAUAUGGGAAUGCCUCCAGGUCAAGGUCAACCAAUGCAACAGUUUAUGCCACGGCCUACACAACCUGGCCACGGUGCUCCAUCCUCAUAUCCUCAAAGUAUGCCUAUGCCAUCAGGCAUGGCACAGCCUCAGUCAACUCCUCCAGGCCAGGGAGUUCCAUAUUCAUCAUCACAUACUUAUGCUCCAUCUUCGUUUGGCUUGCCCCAGACAGGCAUCAGCAUGCCACCCCAGUUCCAACCUUCCUCCCAAAUGCCUAUGCCUGUUGGUUCUGCUGGGGCACAACCGUGGAUGCAUUCAAAUCAAGGUACUCCUGUUGUUGCACCACUGCAGCAAGGCAGCUUGGAAUCCUUCCCCACCACUGCAACUGUACCAGCUGUUAAUGGAUCUAGUUCUGCCCAACAGUCUGCAUCUGAUUGGCAAGAAUAUGAUGCUGCUGAUGGCAGAAGGUAUUAUUACAACAAGGCUACAAAGCAGUCUAGUUGGGAGAAGCCUCUUGAGUUGAUGACCCCUCUAGAGAGAGCUGAUGCAUCAAGUGUUUGGAAGGAAUUCACUACUCCUGAGGGUAGAAAGUAUUAUUACAACAAGGAGACAAAGCAAUCAAAAUGGACGAUACCCGAUGAAUUGAAGUUGGCUCGUGAACAGGCUGAAAAAGCUGCUGCUGAGACAUCACGGCCGGAAACGAAUGCUAGCUCUGCACCACCCACAGUUAGUGGUUCUUCUGGUGAACAACCACCUGCAGCGGACAACUUGCCAAAUUCCACUACAUCAAUAGGAGCUGCAGUGGGUUCGAGUCCUGUCCCAGCUACUCCAGUUGCUUCUGAUACUAAAUCUCCCAUUGUGUUGGUCUCUGAAACAGGAGUCACACCUGUAGCGCAGACACCUGUUGCAAGUACAACUGGAGUGUCAGUGGGAGACACAGUGUCAUCCUCCCCUUCUGAUGUUCCAGUUAAAUUGUCAAGCGCGAGGAUCAGCUUGGAAACUCCUUCAUCACAAGUGGGGUCAAGUCCCUCAGUUGGGGCUUCGGUCCAAGAUGGAGAGGAAGAGAAAAAAGAAAUUGCUGUUGCAGCUAAAACAAAUGUGGCACCGGUUGAAGAGAAAACAGUGGAUGAUGAACCUGUCAUAUAUGCCACCAAGCAGGAGGCAAAACAUGCCUUUAAAGCAUUAUUAGAGUCUGCAAAUGUGGAGGCUGAUUGGACCUGGGACCAGGCUAUGAGGGUGAUAAUUAAUGACAAAAGAUAUGGUGCUCUGAAAACGCUUGGUGAAAGAAAGCAAGCAUUCAAUGAGUACUUAAUGCAAAGGAAAAAGAUAGAGGCCGAGGAGAGGCGUCUCAGACAAAGAAAAGCAAAGGAGGAGUUUAUGAAGAUGUUGGAAGAGUCCGAAGAACUCACAUCAUCCACACGAUGGAGCAAAGCAGUGACAAUGUUUGAAGAUGAUACCCGGUUCAAGGCUGUUGACCUAGAAGUGGAUCGCGAGGAUCUCUUUAGAAACUAUCUUGUGGACCUUCAGAAAAAGGAGAAGGCAAAGGCUCAGGAGGAGGCUCGUCGAAACAGGCUGGAAUUUAGGCAAUUUCUGGAAUCAUGUGAUUAUAUCAAGGUGGAUAGCCAGUGGCGGAAGGUUCAAGAUCUUCUGGAAGAUGAUGAGCGGUGUACACGCCUGGAUAAAAUAGAUCGGCUCGACAUCUUUCAGGAUUAUAUUCGUGAUUUGGAGAAGGAGGAGGAAGAGCAGAAGAAGAUACAGAAGGAACAACUUAGACGAGCUGAGCGUAAAAACCGUGAUGCAUUUCGUAUGAUGUUGGAGGAGCAUAUUGCUGCUGGCACUAUUACAGCAAAAACAUCCUGGCGGGAAUAUUGUCAAAAAGUCAAGGAUUCUGAGGCUUAUGAGGCAGUUGCAUCAAACACUACUGGUUCCACCCCCAAAGAUUUGUUUGAGGAUCUAACAGAAGAAUUGGAGAAAAAGUAUGAUGAAGACAAAACCCAAGUAAAGGAUGUUUUGAAGCAGGAAAAGAUUACAGUUGCUUCAACGUGGACAUUUGAAGACUUUAAGUCUUCUUUUGGAGAUAAUACUGUUUUGUCCUCCAUAUCUGACAUUAAUUUGCAGCUAGUAUACAAAGAUCUUAUUGAUCGAGCUAAAGAGAAAGAAGAGAAAGAGGUUAAGAAACGUAAACGUCUAGCCAAAGAUUUAACUGAUAAAUUGAGCACCAUAAAGGAAUUAAAUAUGCUAUCCACGUGGGAGGAAUGCAAACCACUAAUUGAGGAAAGCUCAGAGUACAGGUCCAUGGGAGAAGAAGACCUCUGCAGAGAAGUAUUUGAUGAAUAUAUCUCUCGUUUACAAGAGAAGAUGAAGGAAAAGGAGCGAAAGCGAGAGGAAGAAAAGACGAAAAAGGAGAAAGAGCGGGAGGAGAAAGACAAGAGAAAAGAUAAAGAAAGAAAGGAGAAAGAUAAAGAUAGGGACUGCGACAGAGAAAAGGAGAAGGGGAAAGAUAAUUCAAGAAAGGAUGAAGAGACUACUGAAAAUAUGGAUUCUGUGGAAUCUCAUGGAUACAAAGAUGACAGAAAACGGGAAAAGGAGAAAGAGAAGAAGCAUAGGAAGCGGCAUCAGAGCACGGCUGAUGAUGUGAGUUCAGAUAAAGAGGAGACAAAGAAGUCCCGCAGGCAUGGCAGUGACCGUAGAAAGUCAAGAAAGCAUGCAUAUUCACCCGAAUCAGACAGCGAAAGCAGACAUAAAAGACACAGAAAAGAUCACCGCGAUGGAUCGAAACGGAGUGGUGACGAGGAGCUGGAAGAUGGCGAAUUGGGUGAGGAUGGGGAGAUCCAAUAGACACUUUUGUCCAUUUUGUUCAUCGGGCUAGUAGUUUUUGUCACAGCACUAAAGCUAUGGUAUUGAGACACCACUAACAUGAUAGCGCUUGUUUCUAUAUGCUUACCCCAUACCUGAAUACUCCCUGUCCCCAAAUUUCUUUUGUUUCAGGAUGUUUAACCUCUGGGGUAGUUUUAGUUUUUUGUGUCUAUUAAUAUACUUUUUGUUAGACAAUACACUUCGAGAUUUGAGAUGAAAUUAUAUUCACCUAUUCUAUA